AAUAAUGGCCGCAACAAAAAGGGCCGUGGCCACGUCAAGUUCGUCCGCUGCUCGAACUGUUCACGUUGCGUCGGCAAGGACAAGGCCAUCAAGCGUUUCACUGUGAGGAAUAUGGUUGAGAGCGCGGCCGUCCGCGAUAUAAGCGAAGCCUCCGUCUACCCUGAGUACGUUAUCCCGAAACUUUACAUCAAAAUCGCAUACUGCGUGUCGUGCGCCAUCCACUCGCACGUCGUCCGUGUUCGCUCUCGCGAGGGUCGUCGCAACCGUGCUCCUCCUCCGCGUGUCCGGUGGAAGGACGGCAAGAAGGUCAACCCCGCUGUCGCAGCUGCUGAGGAUGCCAAAGCGGCGGCGGCGGGUGCUAAGACUGCAUAG